AUGCCUACUUCGCCUCGUGUCCAACAUAGGACCAUUGAAGUAGACGAGCAUUUCUUUCCAUCUCCUGCAACCAAACUUGUCGUCACACAAUAUCUUGCGGCCUGCGACGAGGCUUUCGCCUGGGCGUGGAUCAUAGUUGGUGCCUUUUACGAUCGUCACGGUCGACCUUUGUGGAGCACAGAAGUCCUGGUUUGCCAAAUUAACGACGAUUCGGACUCGGACGGCUUUGAUUCUACUGGUGAUCCUACCGGCGACUCUGCAGAUUCUUUCCUCCACUGGGAGGAAGCAUCAGUCUCUGUGACCAGUUCGGCAGCAGAGGGACAUGUAAACGUGGACUUGCCAAUCUCCCUCGCGGCCUACUCCUAUCUACAUCCUGCCCCCACGCCGUCGGCUCCUAUUGCCGCUUAUAUUGCUCCACCGAUUUGGGAUCCGGUUUCUCAAGGACCCGUUCCCGGUCACUGGCAAGCAAGCUUCGACAUCAGUGCUUGCGGAAUGUCUGGAGGCUGGAAUCCCGUCACCGGCCGCGACCCCAGCGGCACACGUCCAAACUUUGCUCCCUACGGAGCCCCUGCUCCGAGCCAAGGCCAGCCUUAUAUCUUCCAUACUGGCGGGCCGGGACAAAAUUUCGGUACAGUACCUCACUACAAUACCUGGGCAGGAUUCUCUUACACUAUGCACCCAUUAGCAAGUCCGGGAGUGUACCCUGCUGGAUAUGUGCCGCACGGCGGCCCGGCAGGCGGAUACUACACUCAGCAGACGUUCUCGUACCAGCCCAACGGGACAGGCAAUAUCCUCCCACGCCAGCCGCAGCCUUGGCCUGCGAUCGAUCCCACGAUGCCCGCUGCUCAAAUGACCAACUCAACGGGAGGCGUGGGAUGUGAGCCCGGUUACAACCUGUUCUUUGCUGCGGAGCACACCAAGGCCCAUGUUUUUCGAUCAAACAUUCCCCCCUGGCAGCUGCCCGCCACAGCUCAGCUUCCCUUUAAAGCCGUCCACAUUCCUUGCAACACGACCGUUGAGGAAUUGCUUAAAGGUUUUGGCUGCACUAACCCCGUGCCGAAGAAGAAUAAAGUAUUUGAAAUGCAGAGCGCUGGAGGGGGGAAGUGGUACAAGGGCUUGGAAGUGAACGGUGCGAACAAGGACCUCAUCAAGAAGACCAUCAAGGAACUCGGUUGGGACGCUACAAGGACUGGAAAUCCACGUGAGAAGCCAGUUGUACGUUUGUGGUUCUGCAAGGAUUAA